AUGAACACAUUCGAAGCCUCGCGCCCUUCUCGUCGAGCUCACGCCUGUAAGCAAUGUCGGACUGCCAAGGUUCGGUGCUCGGGGUCGCGACCCUGUGCGCGAUGCACCCGUCGCCGCGAUACAUGCGUCUUCCCUGCCGACGAGGCUCACGUGUCAGUGCCAGAGCGCUAUCUACAGGAUCUGCAGCGUCAAGUUGCCCAAUUCAAAGCCCUGUCAUCUGAGGGCACUUCCACUACCCCGAGGCCGCCAAAUUGGCGGGGGUCGGUAUCGGUCUCCGACCCCGAUCCACCGGCGAUAACGCCGACCUCUCUAGAUACGAGAGCGAGAGCGAUAACAAACAACGACCUUUUGACACCAAGUUCACUGCCGCGCGGGAACAUUGACUCAAAUAACCUUACGACCCGUGAUAGUCUUGGUUUGGCCGAACCGACGACCCGUCCCAACAACCGUGUUCAACGCGAAUCAUCCAAUCUCCCGGAAGCAUACAACCCUCUCGUUGCAAGGGACGUGGCCUAUGUAAGCGGCUCGGAUGAUCGUCGCCUCUUAUUUCUUGGACAUACUUCCACAUGGUCAUUCUGUCGACGCGUCUUCAGGCUGUUGGAAGAUGAUGUCUCUUAUCCAACGACGCAUCGUGCACCACUAAACCUGGAUGGCACCGCCUUCCGCCUACGUUGGCAGCCAAAGACAGAAGUUGAUUCCAACGACUUGGUCAGGCUUCCACCGGUAGACCAUGCGUUGCUCCUGUACAACACAGUCAAGUUCCGCCUAGGUGAGCUUUUCGGAAUUGUGGAUGAGAAGAAUUUCUUGAGAAUUUUUGAUGAAUUCCACCAGAAUCCAUUAAAAACAGCACAGACACAUCUCCUCUGGUUUAUCAAGUACCUGAUAGUCAUCGCGUUUGGGAAAGCGCUUAUCUCCUACCCGAAUCAAACAACCGCUUCACCCUCUGGGCCUGAUCUUGCGACACGCGCGCUGUCAUUACUUCCAGAUGUGGCGUUCCUACAAGAUGAGCGUCCAGCUUUGCUUUCCAUUGAGGUUUGCGCUCUGAUUGCGCUGUAUUUCCAGUCAGUCGACAUGCGGUCCCCGGCAUAUCAAUAUAUUGGUCAAGCUCUCCGUCUUGCCUUCCACGAUGGUCUCCAUCGCAGGUUGUCGGAAGACGUCAUAGACCCUGAUAUUACCACUCGCUGCAGUAACGUAUGGUGGACAAUAUACGUGAUCGAUCAAGAGCUCACAGCAGGUCUUGGAUGCCCUCCUACCAUCCCAUUAAACAGCAUUACCAUGCCUUUACCUGAUACACAGUCUCUGUCAAUGCCCACGAAAGCACUCGCAUUGCGAAGUCGUCUGUCGCAGAUUAAUUCAAUGAUUUAUAGUACUAUUUAUAGCUUUGACGAAAACAUGGGACCUGACUUUGUUUCCAGUAUCACCUCGGUUCUACAUAAGCUGGCCGAGGUCUCGCGUGAGAUAGACGAGGUCACAUCUAGCUUCAAAGCCAAUGGAGGAGAGCUCCCUCAUAUUUUCUACGGCAUCACGCUAUCUCACCACCAUUGCAUUGUAUUGGCAACUCGACCUUUGGUGCUUUGGCUUCUUAUCCGGAGUGUGACUCCUAGCACUUUUGACUUGCGGUUAUUACCUCGCCCAAUCGCAAAACUGCUUGAAAAGUCGGUUCAGUCCGCAACGACAUCCUUACGCAUUCUAUCGAACAUGUUAGAUCGCGAGAUGCUUGAAACCUUCCUUCCGUUUCCAUUGGAGUACGCCUUCUCUUCAGCGGUACUCCUCUCAAUUCUCAGCGCGAUUCUUCCUACAUACGUCCUGGACUCUGGAUGGCGUCGUGCAAUGUCAGCUGUUUUUGAAGAGAUGAUCGGAAAGGGAAAUGUAGUUGCUAAAUUGCGAAAGGCAGAGUUGACUCAUCUAGAGGCGCUUCUAGAUGCUCAGCGAAGGCAGGUCUCUAUGGCAUCCCUUCAAUCAUUUUCCGUUCCACGAUAUACGUCGGAUUCUGCGAGCACAUCCCAGCUUUUAUCUACUCCAAAUCUUGGACAUGAAGCGCAGUAUGACAAUCAUUCCAAUUCAUUCGAGGUUGGUUGGAACGAUUCGGAUGGCUUUCUAGACCCCUUUGAAACGGGAUCUGAAGACAUCCUUGCGCUUGCGGAGCAACUGGAGCAUGAUGACUUUUCGUUUCCCUUUUAA